AAAAAGUCCCACCAAUGGAUGUGGCUGCCUGACCUUGUUGGAAGGAUAAGACUGCAACUCUGCUAGGAUCAAGGCUCCGGAGCUUGCUUUAUUUCUCAGUUUCUCAGCAGUAGCUUUCCAGUGUGGUAGUUUCAGUUCCCUGUUGGAAAUCUCAGUCAAUCAGUUUCCUUCAGAAAGCAGAGAACAGAAGAGACUUUAGACCUGAUUUUAGAAGCAGGGUCCAUAUACCUCUGAUCCCUUUGGACACAAAAUAUAUGUUAGUUGAUUUUGCCAUUAUUUAGUAUGAAAAGGAAAAGAAGACCAGUCAAAGCAAGAGAAUGGAAAUGUUGUUUGAAAUUUCUAAAAGCUUGCUUCCUCCUCUCAGCAUUACCUUGUGACAACUGGAUACUUAAUUGACAAAGGCGAAGGAUGAUUGAUCCAGGCUUUUGUUUCAGUGUCAAAGCAUAGACUAAGAGUCCAUCCAUGAUCAGAUCUCCCCAACCCAUUGAAACAAUAUGCCAAGAAGAAGUUUUUAAAAGUACUCCAACUGCAGAGAUGCUCUAGGAAAAAAUUAAUUGAAGCAAAUAAAUAAAGAAAACAAAGACAUGUUUCUUUUUCAAAAGGUUUAUGUCUAAAUCAUGACUGGGGCUUCAGGGUUUCUUCAUGAUGAGUGAAAGCAUUCAAUAGUCUGCCAUGAAUUUCCCUGCUGCGAGGAGCAACCAGACAGAGUUUGUGCAUUUUGAGUCAUGCCAGCCCUCCUUCCCUGCAAUCUUCUUGCUCAUCACAGCUUAUGCUUUAGUCACGCUGAUGGGACUUUUCGGCAACCUCUGCCUGAUCGUUAUUAUCAGAAAACAGAAAGAAAGCCAAAAUGUCACCAACAUCUUAAUUGCCAAUCUCUCCUUAUCUGAUAUUUUCAUGUGCAUCAUGUGCAUUCCAUUCACUGUUGCGUACACUUUGAUGGACUACUGGGUAUUUGGAGAGGCAAUGUGUAAACUAAACAAUUUUGUACAAAGUAUGUCGGUUACCGUUUCUACAUUGUCACUUGUGUUAAUUGCUGUCGAGAGGUAUCAGUUAAUAGUGAACCCACGUGGAUGGAAGCCCAACAUUUCACAUGCAUAUUGGGGAAUUAUCUUCAUAUGGGUUUUUUCUCUAAUAAUGUCAAUUCCCUUUUUUGUAUUCCACAAAGUCACGGAUGAACCGUUUAGAAAUCUUUCUGCCCAUAGUGACUUCUACAUGGAUAAGGUUGUCUGCAUUGAAGACUGGCCAUCUGUUGCUGAGCGACUUGUCUUUACCACAACCAUGUUGGUUUUCCAGUACUUCUUCCCAUUAGGGUUCAUUUUUAUCUGUUAUCUCAAAAUAUUUGUGUGUCUUCAGAGGAGGCAUGGUAAAGUGGAUAAGAUAAGAGAGAAUGAGAGUAGACUAAAUGAGAGCAAAAGGAUUAACAUUAUGCUGAUUUCCAUUGUUUUGACAUUUGCGGCUUGUUGGUUGCCUCUGAACAUAUUCAACAUUGUGUUUGACUGGAACCAUGGCGCCCUGAUGAACUGCCACCAUAAUGUGGCUUUUACUCUGUGCCACUUAGUAGCCAUGAUUUCCACAUGCAUCAAUCCAUUUUUCUAUGGAUUUCUCAACAAGAAUUUUCAAAAGGAUUUGGUAGUGCUGCUUCAUAACUUCAGGUGCUUUGAAUCUCAAGAGUUAUAUGAGAACAUCGCCCUUUCAACUAUGAACACUGAUGUCUCAAAAGGAUCCCUGAAACUAAACAACAUGCCCACAAAUAUCUGAAACAGGAAACUAGUUUCUAACCAUUUAAACUUGCUUGUAAAUAUAUUACACAUAUUGAACUGUUGCUCUUAUGUGGAACUGUGGUGGUCUUGUUGUGAAGUAGGAAUGGCUCCUGCCAUUGGCUACAAUGGGAACAGUGGCUGAAGCCUGAAAUAUCCUACAAAUAAAAGAAACAAAUGAAUAUGAAUCCCAUUAAUACUAAAGUUCCUUGCAGGAGCUUUCCAUACUGAAAUACUAAACAGGAAGUCUGGAAAUCGCUACCCAGAAAAGGAGGUAUUGCAUUGCUUGAGGGUGGUGCUGCAUUCUCUGUGCAGGCUGUUCCACCUAUGUUUACCCUGCAGUUACCCUGGCCUGCCCAAAUCAAUACCCUAACAAAAGCCCUG